AGAACCCCCGCGGAUGCUAAGCAGCUUUGAUAGAAAUGUGGAAUGCGAUUAACUACAACAAUAACUUAUAUAGACGCGGAGAGUCAUUUCCAUGUAAUGUCCCAGCACAUUCUGUUCUCCAAAAAACAUGAAACAAACAAGUAAACGCUGAGCUCCUCUCUGUGGAUAGUUACAUGUCAUGCAUGCGUCUUCUUCACCCAUCUCCGGUCCCAGGCGAUCAGAGAUUUCCCGCCUUGGCGCUUUCGUAAACGAGCUUACGCUGCUUGGCUUCAGGCAGAAGUCGAUGAUAAUCACCAGCCACUGUACGGAGUACGGGGGUAGGGGCGGGAGCCAUUCUUGGACAUGCAAGGGUGGCGGAUUCAGGGAAAGUGUUCAGGGAAAGUUUUCAGGAAAAAGCUCCCCUACACUUACUCACCUGCUCACAUUCAAUGAUGAUGUUGUCUCAAGGGCCUCCCUUAACCCAGGUGCUUUUUCAAGAGAUACUUGGUUAUUCCGUGGGUUAGUGUGGCUAUGAUAAGCUCGCUCUACAUGCGACUCAUUUGAUAUUUUCAAAGAAACAUUGGAGCAAAAGAAGUCCCCCCUUCAAUUCUAAAAAUAUUCGGGUUAUUGCACCAUCUGAGCAUCUCGGCGUCUCAGCCUGCGGAGCGCGUCAAUUGGACAACUGGACUACAUACCGAGGGUUGGUUGGAUCAAACGUUCUGCACACCAGGAAACCAGGAAACCAGGAUGUAUGCAAUGAUAGUACAUCGCAUGCAUGAUGAUGUCGUUUGUUA